AUGCACAUUGCAUUCCUUGCCUCGAGCCUGCUGAUUUUCGCACGGGACUGUAUUAAUGCGAUCGCCAGCUUCACCUUGAUUGAUACUGGAACAAUUCCCAACCGACUUUACACUAUAGGAUUAGAUGAUCUGUCAUCCGCUAUUGGCCCGUUUAAUAUUCGGGCAAAUGUUGUGGACGACAUCUGUACUGAGAGUGCUAGUAUCCGUCUUGAAGGUGGGCAAGAAAUAUCCCUCCUGGAAUUUACACCAUUAAGGCUACUCCCUCAGCUGGACCAGCAUGCUCUCACGAAAGCGAGGGAGACGAAUUGGCAGGGAACCAUUACAGAGCCCCAAGACUGUGUUAAUGUGAUCGCCAACUUCACCUUGAUUGAUACUGGAACAAUUCCCAACCGACUUUACACUAUAGGAUUAGAUGAUCUGUCAUCCGCUAUUGGCCCGUUUAAUAUUCGGGCAAAUGUUGUGGACGAUAUCUGUACUGAGAGUGCUAGUAUCCGUCUUGAAGGUUGUCCGUUCCCAAAUCGCUGCGAGAGCAAUCUUCCUUUCACAGCAUUUGGAGACCCAUCUUUAAUGGACCUAGAAGAUUCAGUCGCCAACUACUGCAACAGGGCAAGAAAUAUCCCUCCUGGAAUUUACACCAUUAAGGAUACUCCCUCAGCGGGACCAGCAUGCUCUCACGAAAGCAAGGGAGAGGAAUUGGCUGUGUCGUUUGUGAUCCAAGAGCCAGAGCGCCCUACUGCCAAGCCUUCUGCCCAUCCAUCCAAGAGUGUUUCAAGCUGGAGCCAGGUUGGUAUUGAUAUUGAUGGUGAAAAUGCUGAUGACAAUUUUGGAGGAUCUGUUACCUUGUCAGCUGAUGGUACAAUAGUAGCAAUUGGGGCUUCAAGCAAUAAUGGAUCCGGAACUGGAGCUGGUCAUGUGCGGGUGUACAAAAGGACUGGGACAGUAUGGAAUCAAAUUUUUGGGGAUGACAUUGACGGCGAAGAUGUGGACGACGCUUCCGGAAAUGCUGUAGCCCUGACCGCAGACGGCAAUGUGGUGGCAAUUGGGGCUCUGAAUAAUAAUGGAUCCGGGUUUGAAGCUGGCCAUGUGAGAAUCUUCAUAUGGAAUGGUGACAUGUGGAAACAGCUUGGCCUCGACAUUGAUGGAGCAAGAUCUGGAGACACGUUUGGUUGGGAACUCGCACUUUCUUCUGAUGGGAAAACAGUAGCCGUUGGGGCACCAUUCUCAGGUUCUGCUAUAACUGGCUAUGUGCAGGUAUAUAAUUGGAAUGGAUCCGUCUGGCAGCAGCUUGGCCAAAGCAUUUUGGGUGAAAAUGAUUUCGAUUUUUCUGGAAGCUCUGUUGCCCUGUCUGGAGAUGGAAUGAUUUUGGCAAUAGGGUCUCCAAACAAUGAUGGCUCUGGUACAAAUAACUUUGUUGGGCAUGUGCGAGUAUUCAAGUGGAAUGGGUCCCUUUGGAGCCAAGUUGGUGUUGACAUUGAUGGCGAAGAUAUUGACGAUGUUUCUGGAAGUUCUGUUUCCCUGUCUGCGAAUGGUAAAAUAGUGGCAAUUGGAGCUCGUGACAAUAGUGGAUCCGGAACUAAUGCUGGUCAUGUGCGAGGAUACCGGUGGAACGGGACAAGCUGGAAACAGAUUGGACUUGACAUUGAUGGCGAAAAUCCUGGCGAUAAAUCCGGUCAGCAAGUCUUGCUAUCCAUGGAUGGCAUGACGGUGGCAAUUGGGGCCAUAAGAAAUGAUGAAGCUGGAAUAAAUGCAGGCCAUGUUAGAGUGUUUAAGUGGGACGGGGUAAAUUGGAUGCAGGUUGGCUUGGACAUAGAUGGCAAUGGCCCUGGCGAAUUUACUGGUGCCUCCCUUGGACUUUCAUCUGAUGGGAAGACUGUGGCAAUUGGUGCUCCGAGGGCUGGAAUUGGCGGUCAAGUGCGAGUUUACAGCAUUGAUGGCUAG